AUCCAUUGGCCAGAUCUUAAAACGUAUCCGAGACCAAGAGGGAUUGUAUUUGUAUCUUACUUCUGUAGAUCUGUCACCGACAUGUAUACUUAGCCACCGAACUCCGAUCUCGCUCUUCCUCUCCACUCCCUGUCUCCCAUCCCGCCGGCCUCCGUCACUUGACGGAGCUUCCCCUUUCCCUUUCCCUUUCUUCCCUUCCCAUCCUGAGCUGAUAUUCGGAAAUUCAGUUUCCAGCUUUGUCUAUAAACCUGCCAUUCGGCCAGCAGGCCAGCCUACACACCGCAAUUCUGCGUCGAAUGGGGCACUUGAACCUCCCAUCCAAGCGAAACCCUAAGCAAUGGAAGCUGCUCGACCUCGUCACCGCUGCCUUCUUCGGUCUAAUCGUCCUCUUCCUCUUCCUAGUCUUCACUCCCCUCGGCGACUCCCUCGCCGCCUCCGGCAGGAAUGCUCUUGUCCUCUCUUCUUCGGACCCCAGGCAGCACCACCGCCUCGUCGAGCUCAUUGAAGCUGGACAGCAUCCUCAGCCGAUCGAGGCUUGUUCCGCCGAGGAGGUCGAUCACAUGCCGUGUGAGGAUCCCAGGCGGAAUAGUCAGCUUAGUCGAGAGAUGAAUUUCUAUAGGGAACGUCAAUGCCCGGCGCCGGACGAGACGCCUCUUUGCUUGAUCCCUCCCCCAAAUGGCUACAGGGUUCCCGUCAGGUGGCCGGAUAGUUUGCACAAAAUCUGGCAUGCAAACAUGCCGCACAACAAAAUUGCUGAGAGGAAAGGCCAUCAGGGAUGGAUGAAAGAAGACGGUGAGUACUUUAUUUUCCCUGGUGGUGGCACCAUGUUCCCAGAAGGUGCCAUACCUUACAUAGAGAAACUUGCACAGUAUAUUCCCAUCCGAAGUGGAGGUUUAAGGACUGCCCUUGAUAUGGGAUGUGGGGUUGCUAGUUGGGGAGGAUAUCUCAUGAAAGAAGGGCUUCUACCGCUUUCGUUUGCUCCAAGAGAUUCACACAAAUCUCAGAUACAAUUUGCGUUGGAACGAGGAAUUCCGGCAUUCGUCGCAAUGCUUGGCACUCGGAGGCUGCCAUUCCCUGCAUUCUCGUUUGAUUUGGUUCAUUGCUCUAGAUGCUUAAUCCCUUUUACUGCUUACAAUGCAACUUAUUUCAUUGAAGUUGAUCGCUUGCUUCGCCCAGGAGGAUAUUUAGUCAUAUCUGGUCCACCUGUACAAUGGGCUAAACAAGAUAAGGAAUGGGCAAAUCUUCAGGGUGUAGCCAGAGCACUUUGUUAUGAGCUAAUUGCAGUCGAUGGGAACACUGUCAUUUGGAAAAAGCCUUCUGGAGAUUCAUGCCUGCCUAGUCAAAAUGAAUUCGGCCUUCACUUGUGUGAUAAAUCGAUUGAUCCAAGCUCUGCGUGGUACUUUAAGUUAGAGAAAUGUGUUACCCCUCAAUCUUCAGUCAAGGGAAAAUAUGCUGUCGGGAUGAUUCCGACAUGGCCAGAUAGAUUAAACAAAGCCCCUACAAGGGCUGCUCUCGUGAAGAGUGGCAUUGACCUAUUUGAGGCCGACACUCGUCGUUGGGCUAGGAGGGUGGGCUAUUACAAGAACUCUUUGAAUGUCAAGCUGGGAACUCCUGCUGUGCGAAAUGUGAUGGAUAUGAAUGCAUUUUUUGGUGGCUUUGCUGCAGCACUAGCGUCCGAUCCUGUGUGGGUGAUGAAUGUUGUUCCUGCUCGCAAGCCAACAACUUUGGAUGUAAUCUUCGACAGGGGCCUUAUUGGUGUUUACCAUGAUUGGUGUGAGCCCUUCUCAACGUAUCCUCGCACUUAUGAUCUAAUCCACGUCUCUGGCAUCGAAUCAUUAGUAAAAGCUCCAGGUUCUGGCAAAAACAGGUGUAGCCUGGUGGAUCUAAUGGUGGAGAUGGACAGGAUACUGCGGCCAGAAGGAACAGUGGUGAUUCGCGAUUCUCCGGAGGCGAUAGAGAGGGUGGCACGCAUAGCCAACGUGGUUAGAUGGACUGCUACGAUGCAUGAGAAAGAAGAUGAAUCUCAUGGGUCACAAAAGAUACUGGUUGCUACCAAGAAUUUCUGGACCCUCGCUUCAGCAUCUCAAUGACUUGUUCACACUCAGUUUCUUUAGGCAGCCGAGCUAUAGUUUGUCUUUCCAACUCCCCUUCUCUCUUUUUCUGAUCUCAGUUCAUACUUCUUGUAAGAUGAAGAUGCCAAAAUGUCUGUAUACUCCAAAAGGCAGCAAGAUCAGAUUGGCUUCAUCCUUGUCUUUGGCCACCCUCUCCCUCAUUUUUGUUUGUUUGUUUGUUUGUUUUUUUAUAUAAUUCAUUUGUAACAAAUCAAAUCAGAAGUGACAAGUUAGGGCAGAGUGAACAGGUACAUAGAAAAGCAGAAGUAGCAUCUAGCAACAGCUAUGUUCCUGUUCCCAACUGGUUAUGGGUAAUUGUCAAUGCCAUUCAUUGAUUAUUUUCUUCAUUCGUUCUGACACA